AUGUGUACAGACACCGAGAAGAUCAGCGCAGGGCCGCCGGCGGAGCUAAAGGAUACACUGGAACUGCUCCGCAUCCUGGCCGCCCAAGUUGACGGCGCUGUCGGCGCGAAGGCGGUAGAGGCCGCCGCCAGCCAUGGUAUUUCUAUCGGGUCUGUCGACGUAACGGACAAGGCCAGGCUGCGGAGCGGCAAUUUCGUCAGCACUGCCUGGAAAGAGGAGAUGAAUCUCCCCCAGACUGACAGCACCGUGGCUAUCAGCUCCCUGCGCGCCGGAGGCGAGUCGCGUGUCACGGCUGGCAACACGUACGCCGAGAAAGACAGCUUCUGGGACUGGGGGCGUGCAGUGAAUGCCAAGUCAGCAGGCGGAGGAGGGAACCCGGCGGCAGAUUCCGAACCCGAGGGGUCUGCUACUCCCACAGGAGCAAUCAUUAGAGGUGUGGUAGGAGGUGUUGUUGGUAUUGCGAUCCUGGCUAUUGUCAUGUGGCUCCUCCACCGCCGUCGAGCAGAGUAUCAGCAACUAAGCAUACAACAAGGGUGA